AUGGCCGUGUACCGCUGCCCCGUCUGUUCCAAGCCGUUCAAGCGGAACGAGCACCUGAGCCGGCACAAGAGGAGCCACUACUCCGACCGGCCGUUUACGUGUCCGUUGUGCCUGAGGUCGUUCACGAGACAGGAUACCCUCCUGCGCCACAUGUCGUCGCACGCGAAGCCGCCGGCAGCGAGGAACAGUGUUUCCUUUUCUACUGCCCCGUCCUCGACGAAAAGGCCAUACGAGGAGCCCGGUGCAUCGACCCAUGAGCCUCUAUCUCUUCCCCGUACCACGACAUCCCGCCCCCAGUACACAGACGACCGGGAUCCAGACUCGUCGACUUGCACCAGCAUCCUCCUGCCCGAGCAGCAGAUGAAAUUCCCACCAUCCGCCCCCUCUCAAUCCCAAUCCCAGUCCCAGUCCCAAGCCAUCGACGUACCCCCGGAGCUGUCUGAGAUCUACACCGCCAUGUUCGGCACGCCGCCAGGGAUGGUACCGUCGGGGCCCGGUCCUGGCCGUGUCAUAGAGCUUAACGACGACGACGACAACGAUCAUGACAUCGACCUUGACCUCGAUCUCGACUCCUCGGACAUCUCUCGCUUUUGGGGAGGUGACGGCAGCAGCCCCCCUCUGACAAUGCAGACCAGCAAUUUGACACGAAGCAGUGCCUCGCCCGUCCUGGAUCGGUACCCGCCUCACGCCUCCGGCUCCGGCUCCAAGGCGCGGCGUGAUCAGCAGCCACAGCAGCAGCAACAACACCCCUUCGAGUUGCCGGCCGAGCUGUUCAGCAGUGCGGUGGACCUGCAUGCGAGGACGUGGUUGAGGGACUUUUGCGCAGGAGGAGGGUGA